AUGCCAGGUUUCAUCCUCAAGUUGACGGCCAUCUUGGUCGUGGGGCUGGGCGCUUUGCUUUACCAAGCACAACUGCCACGCAUGAUCAGUCUCGCCCUGGGCCUCGGCCAGACUAGUGCUCCCCUCAGCGCCUACCCGUACACGUGCCGCAGGCUUCACCACGAGCGCCUCAAAGCCUGUGAGGACAUGUGGCUCUCAGAGGCGACGCGGCAACUGUUUCUAGCAUGCUCGGAUCCUUUAGCCAGGUCAGCGUGGGCACCGAGCCAGGGCAGCCUUGAUGUAUCAGGACGGAGUUUGAAUGACGCAAUCAUCGUAAUCGAUGUAGAUGACCUUCCCGCAGGUCCCGAUGUCACCAGAUUGCGCGUCUUGUCCAUGCCCGGGUUCGCAGGUACCAAUGGAGAUGGCCUUCUCAAUGUUGCUGGAUUCGGGGCAACCGACGACGACGAAGUGGACAGUAUCCGCCUCUGGAUUGUUAAUGAGAGGCCAUCUCUUAAUCUCACCAAUGGAGAGAUCUCGGAGCAAUCCAAGUAUGGGGCCAACACCACGAUCGAGCUGUUUCGAGCUGGACCGAGGGCCAACCAUAUGGAGCAUCUCAAGACAUUCUCGCAUGAGCAGAUUGUCAGCCCGAACAGGAUUGCCCCGGUUGGUGGGAGAACGGAUGCAUUCUACUUUACAAAUGAUCAUGGUACUGCGGCCAAAGUCGGCUGGAGACACCAGCUUUCGCCAAUUCUCGGAACAGGCGAUGUUUCUUUCUGUGAUGGCGAUGCCUGCCGCCAGGUCGUGCCUGGACAAAAGUUCCCCAACGGUUUGAUACGAGGUCGUGAUGGGCUGAUAUAUGUCCCUAGCUCACUACUCGGCACCAUUGAUGUAUACCAACCGCAGCCUGGUGGUGAUCUCGUUAAACUACACACAAUCGAGACUGGAUAUGCGAUCGAUAACCUUAGCCCGGAUCGCGAUGGCCAAAUAUUCGCUGCGGCCAUCACGAACGCGAUCAAGUUUUUUGCAGCUAUAAAUGAUCCUUACAACAAAGAUACGCCUACUGCUGGGCUUAGAAUCACGAAGGAUGCCAACGGAGGAUACAAGGUUACAAAGGUUGUGGAAGACGGUCUGGGUGAGGUCCUGCCCGGAUCUACCACAGUUGUCCACGAUGCGACGACGGGGCGUAUUUUCUUUUCAGGAGUCGUCUCUCCGUAUAUUGCUGUCUGUGAUCGGAUAUAG